AUGGCAGAAGAGCAAGGUGGUGUCCUUACCGGUGCGAACCCGACCCAUUAUAAUGCGGCCGAACCUAUAACUCUGUUUAUCAUACAAGUGAUAAUGAUCAUUUUUUUCACGCGUAUUCUUCACGUCAUCUUGUCGCGCUUCCGACAACCUCGCGUGAUUUCUGAAAUUGUCGGUGGUAUUAUCCUUGGUCCAUCAGUUUUUGGACGCAUACCCCAUUAUAUGGAUACAAUCUUCCCUAAAGAAUCACGUCCUCACCUGUCCUUGCUAUCGAAUUUGGGAUUGAUUUUGUUCUUAUUCAUAGUCGGUGUUGAAUUGAAUCCAAAAAUCUUGAAGAAGAAUGCGAGAGUUGCAAUGACGAUUUCUGCUGCGGGUAUCAUACUGCCUUUCGCUCUUGGCGUUGGCGUUGGAUAUGGAUUAUAUCGUGUAAUGAAUAACGAAGACGUGUCAUUCUUUACUUUUAUUCUUUUCAUUGGUGUAGCAAUGUCGAUCACGGCGUUUCCUGUACUCGCACGUAUUUUAUCAGAACUUCAACUACUUAGAACACCAGUUGGAGUUACCGCUCUUACUGCGGGUGUUGGAGAUGACGUGGCUGCUUGGGUUCUGUUAGCUUUGGUCGUCUCGAUCAUUAAUUCAAGUUCUUCGCUUACUGCCUUAUAUAUCUUCCUCCUUGCAAUCGCUUGGGUAACGAUAGUUUUCUUUGUUAUUCGUCCAAUCUUGCUAAAACUUAUCGUCAGAACUGGAAGUAAUGAUAAUGGACCCACUGUUACGAUGAUGGCUAUCACUUUAUCCCUUGUGCUAAUAUCUUCGUUCGUUACGAGCAUUAUUGGUGUGCAUGCAAUUUUUGGAGGGUUUUUAAUGGGCGUUAUUAUUCCACAUGAAGGUGGUUUCGCUCUGGGUAUAACGGAGAAGAUUGAAGACUUAAUUAGUGUUUUGUUUUUACCCAUCGUAACUUGGGGAUGGGUCAUUUUGGUAAUCAUCGUUGCAAUGUUUGGUAAGAUCUCAGGUGCUACACUUGCGGCUAGGUUCAACAAGUUGACUUGGAGAGAGUCAUUGACAAUUGGCGUUUUCAUGAGUUGCAAAGGUCUUGUUGAAUUAAUCGUUCUUAACAUCGGACUCGACGCAAAAGUCAUCAAUGCUAAAGUUUUCGUGAUCAUGGUUGCCAUGAAAAUGGAAACAAAACGUGCCGCUCAAUUAGAACCUGGUGAAGAUUCCAUCUCGGCAAAGAAAAAUAGAUUGCUGGUUGUUCUUAAUAGAGUUGAACAUCUUCCGGCGAUGAUGAUGCUUGUUCAAUUAUUACAACCCUUAUCAGCUUCUAUGAAAAGCGUGAAAGCUAAACCGAAUACGGGAGAAAAAGAAAAAUCAGCUCAUCAAGUAGUAGAGAAGGAGAAGCCAACUCUCGGAACAGAUCUUUCAAGUUCUUCGAUGACCGUUCAUGUUUUACGUCUCGUUGAAUUAACUCAACGUAUCUCCUCGGUGAUGAAAUUUAAUGAAACCGAAGAAACUACAUUGUAUGAUCCAAUCAUGAACAUUUUCAGAACUUUUGGACAAUUAAAUUUUGUCAAGGUGAAAGCAAAUCUAGCUGUCGUUGCACAACAAGACUUUGCGCAGCAAGUUUCCGAAAAGGCUGAGGAUACUGAUGUUAAUUUAGUAGUCAUUCCUUGGGGAGGUGCAGGUGCAAUCAUUGAUGAUCCGUCAAAUCCUCUUGAUGAGGUUCUUGAACCAAGAGUAAAGAAAGUGACGAGUCCGCAAGUUGCGCAUUUUAUUCAAGAAAUCUUUUCAGAAGUAUCCAUCAGAGCAAAUGUUGGUGUAUUUGUGGAUCGUGGACUUGGCUCGUCUCCUUUAACGACCUCAAUUGAUAAUGUUGGUAAUAAUAUUACGGUUCGCGUUUUCUUACCAUUCUUUGGUGGUAUCGAUGAUCGUGAGGCAUUGUCAUUUGUAAUCCAUUUACUUGACCAUCCGAAUGUUUCAGUCACUGUCCUCAGAUUAAUUAAAUCAUCUGAACCCACAGAACAUGAUGUGACCUUAAAAGUUGAGGGCGAUCUUGAAGAAAAUGCGGAAUCAAAUGUCGAAGAAAGCCAACGUCCUUCGCUUGCUCACAAAAUAUCUUCCGCAUCUGCUCACGUUAUUCGUUCAAACGUUGCACGAGAUGCAUCUUAUGCGGCUGAUGAGGCAUUAUUGACACAAACCUUGAAGUUACGUACGGGUGUGGUAGCAUCAAAUGCUCGAAUAAAUUAUACGGAAAUAGCUUCUUCUACACCUUUACAAACGGCAAUUGAACGUGCAAAGGAAGUAGUUGAUCGUAAGGAUUUAGUUGUUGUUGGACGUGGGCGUCAUGAUGUUACUUUUAGUCAUAGAGCAGAAUUCUUGGAUAUCCUUAAAAAUUCAGGUGGUGGUUACGGCAACGAUACUCGUAAAUCAUUGGGCGAUAUAGCAGAAUCAUUUUUAGUUGGCGGUAUUGCUGCGAGUAUCUUAGUUUUGCAAGCGAAGAAGUUUAUCGAUAGAUUUGCUACACCUAAAAUGAUUUAA